UCUCGAUCUCGUUGCGACAUACGGAAGCGGAAGUUCUUCUCGAAUGAGAAGAAGCAGCGGAAACAAGAGCGAGAAGACAUGGAGUCAAAGCUUGCUACCGCUUUUUUGGAUUCAGUGAGCCUCCAUUCGCUGCGCUGCUACUUCGCUGAGUUCACGUCGACAUUCUUCUUCGUCUUCGCCGGAGUUGGCGCUUCCGUUUCCGUCGGAAAGCUGACAUCGGAUGCCACGUUGGAUACCGGCGGACUGGUGGCUAUCUCCGUGGCACACGCGUUGGCAUUGACGGUGGCAGUGGCUCUCGCCGCCGAUCGCUCCGGCGGCCACGUCAACCCGGCGGUCACAUUUGGAUUGGUGGUAGGGCGCCACAUCAGCAUUCUCACCGGCGUGUUCUACGUGGUAGCCCAGCUGCUGGGUUCAAUCGUCGCAUGCUUCUUCUUCUCAGUGGUCACCGCCGGCCAGGCCAUCGUCCCCCAUACCGUGACUUACGAGAUGACUGCUACCGGUGGAGUGUUAAUGGAGUUCGCCACCACGUACGCCUUGGUCUACACAGUGUAUGCAACAAUGGUGGACAGGAAACCGGGUUCUCCGAGCCUGCUCGGCCCAAUUUCAAUUGGUUUCAUCGUCGGAGCAAACAUGCUGGCUACCGGGCCCUUCACCGGUGGGUCCAUGAACCCGGCGCGUUCCUUCGGCGCAGCAGUCGUGAGUGGGAAACUGAAGGAUGGUUGGGUUUACUGGGUUGGUCCGAUCUGCGGCGGUGGUGCGGCUGGCUUGGUCAAGGGGAAGGUUUUUGCCAGUGAUGCCAUAAACAGUCACACCGACAAUGUCAAUAAUAAUAAUCACCAUCAUGCUCAGAGUGAUUCAUUAGGAGUAAGGUAUGCCCCUGACUUCAAUUCUCAGGCGCCAAUGGCGGCCAUGGCAAACUGCAACUGCUCAUCUCACAGCUACGACCUGCCUUGCUUGUUAUGCUACUGGGCCAAGGAUCUUUAUUGUGGCCGCAUUUGA